AUGAUGCGGAUUGUGAUCACCUCCAUCAAAAGUCCGCUCAUUCUGAGUAGUGCGAUCCCGCAAUUGCCCUGGAUAUUUCUAACGCUGUGGGCGUUGCACAACCAGGUCAAAGCCGCCGGCGUGAUUAUCCCCAGCGAGAUUGGGCAGGACCCGGGAAUUGACCCCCUCUACGCCGUCAAGACCACAGAGAUGAGGUUCACCAUGCGGAACUCUGACAAUCCUCUCGGUUAUAAGUUCUCCUGGAGCCCACGUAGCAGGCUUCUUGCUCUUCUCAACCCAGCCCAAUGGUAUCUCGAUGGUAACCUUGUUACCGUUGAGGGAUUUAAUCUAGUCGGCUACGCGAACCGUGACACAGUUGGCUUCCUUGGAGUUCUACCGUAUCCUCGAAGCCAGGUCUGUUUUCCGUGGUACCCUGCGAUACGCCGGAUCCCCGAGAUCAUCCGUGCCCUAAUAGCGAUCGGAUAUUUUACGCAACUCGCACCGCAGCUUCUCAGGUUGCCACAGUCCACCUCGGAGGCAUUACUGCAGGAGAUCGUGGCGCAAAGGGUUGCGUCUCUUUUAUCUGGCGAGGAGCGGGAUCGUAUCCUGACGAAUCUGCGUUGGGUGAGACUGUUCACUGUUCAGCUCAACAACUCUCCGCAAGAUGGCCUACAGCCCUGGCGAGAGGGACAUGAUUAUCCUGCAGAACGUUUUUACAUUGGAAAUGCCGAAGGGUCCAAGGAGACGCGAUCGAGUACUCUCGUAGGGUAUGGGGAGCCUUCUGCCUCGGGCUCUCUGAGCGCCAUGGCCAAACUCGUGGGCCUGCCGUGUGCAGUAAGAGUCCUAGCAGUACUCGAAGGACGUAUUGAGGAGAAGGGGAUGGUGGCACCAUGGACAAGUCCGGAAAUUGCCGCUUCACUACGAGAGGCAUUGGAAACGUGCUUUGGGAUUAAGUUGAAGGAGAGCGUAUUUGGAUAA